UACGCGCGGCGUCCUUUCCCCCUUCAAGAUGGCGGCGCCCUCUCCGCCCGAGGCCGCUUCCCGAUACCGGCCCGCGCCUCUGGCUUCGCUGCCGCCGCAGCUGGACCCGGCCCAGUACUCCGCCUCGCCGGAGAAGCGUCGUGCCGAUGCUGAGCGCGUCGCCAUUCGCGCCCGCCUGAAGCACCACUACCUGUUGCAGCUCAAUGACCCCCGGCGGACCGAGCUGAUCGAUGAUCCUGCCUUGACUCGUUGGACUUAUGCCAAAUCCCACAAUGUCUAUCCUAAUUUCCGUGCCACCCCGAAAACUUCCCUAAUGGGUGCUCUUCUUGGAAUAGGACCCAUUGUUUUCUGGUGGUAUGUCAUAAAAAAGGAAAGGGAUUAUAAAGAGAAGCUAAUUCAAGAAGGCAAGUAUGAACGCCCGUUCCAUCUCUCCUCCUGAGAACUGGACAACUGUGUUCUCAAAACAUUGCUGACAUUCUCUCUCUCUCCCUGUAACCAUUAGUCCUCUUUGAAAAAUAAAUCUUAUUAAUUAGAAA